AUGAGCGUUGCACUUCUGAGACAGAUUCGUUCAUUCCCAGAUGUUCGGAUUGAUACCGGCAACAUUCACCGUCACGUUGAUGUUCUUCGACGGGUUAGCACUGAUCCAGUUGAUGAGCUUCUUGCGAGUCUUGAAUCUCAGCUACAAUGUGCAACAAUCCCGAAUGUCACUUACGGUCCUGAUAUGGUAAUUCUGGCUCCUGAAACGGAAUAUACAUUUUCUGACGAGAAUGCACACUUUGAUCUGAAGAUUACUUUAAAGAUUUUCAUGCCUGACUGGGACCAACGUCAUAUUGUUGACUGUGUGGAUACUGCUUUGCAACAAUUGGGUGUCAGGGCAAUCACCCAGUUGAUUAUAUGUUUCCCUGACGACGAUGAGACCGAUACUGAUGAAAAACUGAGCUCGUGGCUACAAAAAGCUUUACCAGUUUGGCGACAACUGGAAGAAUUGGUGAACGACGGCAGGGUAACCUCGCUUGGUGUCGCAGAUCUAUCCACAGAAAGAUUAAUCGCAUUGAACGAAGCUCCAAUUCGUGUCCGUCUAUCAAUCAAUCACCAUAAUGUUGAGGGGUGUUGCGCGUUACCCCAAGAUUUGCGAGAGUAUGCAUCAGAAAAUAACAUUUUGAUCCUCACACAUAAUGAUCCUCAUCUUGGCGAAUUACGAGAAAAAGUUGCCGAGAAAACGGCAGCAUAUUUAGGAGAUGAUCGACUUUUUGAACUUGGUUGGUGUGCACGAAAUGACUAUGAGUUUUUUUUUGCUUUCAGGUACACUGCUUGGGCGCAAAGUCGUUCACUUGUUUGCUCCAAAGGAUAUCUUCUGCAGUUUAAAAAGAAUGAAUUUUAA